CCUCUUUCCUCUUUCCACGUUCUCUCUCUCUCUCUCCAUUGCUCUGUUUCUCUCUCUAGAUCGUGGUAAGGCGGCUCUCUCUCUCUCUGGGAUCUGAAAUUCUAGGGUUCUGAGUUCGAAUUAGAUCGAUACCGAAUUGGAAUUAGGGUUUUUGUGAUUCCGAUAAGGCAGACGAGGGUUUGGAGGCGAUCUGAGGCUUUUCGCUGCGCGAAUUGGUGAAUUCUAGGGUUUUUGUUAUUGUUGGAAUUAGGGUUUGGGAUUGAUGGUUCUCGUUGGGGAGCUAGCUAAUGUUGGAGAAGAUGCAAGGGUAUUAUGCAUGGAAGGGAAGGUGAAAAUAGGAAACGGAGUCAGCACAUGUGGUCGAACCCCACGACUGUAGCCGGUGAUUCUGCAACGUCUACAGCUAAUUCCUUCUUCAAGGUAUUCACUUGUUGCAAGGUUAGUGUUGGCGACUGUGCUUUUUUCAAACUGCCCCAGGAUUCCCCGCCUUUCAUUAGGAAAACCCGUUGGUUGAAAUUUAACAAAGAAAAGAAUCUAUCGUUAGGUGUGAAUUGGCUUUAUCGGCCUGCUGAAGUGAAGCUUGGCAAGGGCAUCCUGCUGGACGCUGUGCCGAACGAAGUCUUCGAUUCCUUUCACAAGGAGAUACCUGCUGCAUCGUUACUCCAUCCGUGUAAAGUUGCAUUCCUUCCCAAAGGGGUUAAACUUCCUUUAGGGAUAUCCUCAUUUGUCUGCCAUCGUGUUUAUGACAUUGCGAACAAGUGUUUAUGGUGGUUAACUGAUCAAGAUUAUAUUGAUGAGCAACAGGAAGAACUAGACCAGCUGUUACAUAAGACACAAAUAGAGAUGCAUGCUACAGUGCAACCUGGUGGCCGUUCUCCAAAACCAGUAAAUGGUCCAACAUCAACGUCACAGUUAAAACAGGGUUUCGAUAAUGUACAGAGUGCUACUUCCUUCCCUUCUCAAGCUAAGGGUAAGAAAAGGGAGCGGACAGAUCAUGGAUCUGAGCCUGUCAAACGGGAACGUUCUUCAAAGACAGAUGAUGGUGAUUCUGGUCAGUUUAAACCAGAAAGCAUUUUGAAAUCUGAGAUUUCUAAGAUAACUGAAAAGGGUGGGCUUGUAGAUUCAGGAGUUGAGAGACUGGUUCAACUUAUGCAGUCGGAUAGAGCCGAAAGGAAGAUGGAAUUAAUUAGCCGGUCAAUGCUUGUAAGUGUGAUAGCAGCUACAGAAAAGUUUGAUUGCCUUAAUCGGUUUGUGCAACUCAAAGGUUUGCCUGUGUUAGAUGAAUGGCUUCAAGAUGUCCAUAAAGGGAAGAUUGGUGACGGUAGCCCCAAGGAUGGUGAUAAAUCUGUAGAAGAGUUUCUCUUGGUUUUGCUUCGUGCUCUUGAUAAGCUGCCUGUGAAUCUUUAUGCCCUACAGACGUGUAACAUUGGCAAAUCAGUGAAUCAUUUACGAUCACAUAGAAACUUGGAAAUUCAGAAGAAAGCAAGAAGUUUAGUUGAUACAUGGAAGAAACGUGUUGAGGCUGAAAUGAAUGUUAUUGAUGCAAAGUCUGGUUCAACUCAGGUCAUUUCGUGGCCUUCCAGAUCACGUCUUCCUGAAGUCUCUCAUGGUGGGAACCGAAAUCCUAGUGGGUCUUCUGAGGCUGCCAUGAAGAGCUCAGUUUCACAGCUUUCUGCAUCUGUAACUGGAUUAGUUAAGCUUGUCCAGGGUGAGUACACUGCCAAAUCUGCUUCCUCAUCUCCCGUGCCAAUGAAAUCAGCGGCGUCACCUGCUUCAGGCAAAGAUGGUCAACACAGAAUAGCAGUCGGUAGCACCUCUGAUCUCCCUUCAACUACUGCAAGGGAGCAGAGGAGCAGCAGUUCAAGUCAGUCUCACAACAACAGUCAAUCUUGUUCAAGUGACCAUGCUAAAAAUACAGUUUUCUCAGGAAAAGAAGAUGCCAGGAGUUCUACUGCAAGGUCAAAGAGUGUGAAUAAGAUUUCUGGUGGUUCUUCUCGACAUCGGAGGUCAGUCAAUGGUUUCCUUGGGCCUGCUGUGUCUGGAGUUCAAAGGGAAACUGGGUCAAGUAGAAGUUCUUCACUGCACAGAAAUUCAGCUUCAGGAAAAUUAUCUCCGUCUGGGUUAACUUGUGAAAAGGCGCUUGAUGUACCCAUUGUUGAGGGUAAUAGUCACAAGCUGAUCGUUAAGAUACCAAACAGAGGCCGCAGUCCUGCACAAAGUGCCAGUGGAGGAUCUGUCGAUGACCCUUCCAUUGUGAACAGUAGGGCUUCUUCUCCUGUGCUUUCAGAGAAGCACGAUCAAUCUGAUCGUAAUUCAAAGGAACAGAAUGAUGCUGAUCAAGUUACUACUACCUCUGAUGUGAAUACAGAGUCAUGGCAAAGUAAUGAUUUCAAAGAUAUAUUGACUGGCUCUGAUGAAGGUGAUGGGUCACCUGAUGGCAUUCUUGAAGAAGAGCAAUGUAGGACUGGGGAAGAGGCUGCAAAAUUAGUUGAAGUCUCAAGAGCUGCCUCCUCAUCAUCAGGGAAUGAACUGAAGUCAGGAAAACUGCUUGAGGCUUCUUACAACUCCAUAAAUGCCUUUAUUGAAAGUUGUGUUAAAUACUCUGAAGCAAAUACAUCUAUGUCAGCUGGAGAUGAUGUUGGAAUGAAACUGCUUGCUAGUGUAGCAGCUGGAGAAAUGUCCAUGGCCGAUUUGAUUUCACCAACUGAUUCUCCACGGAGAAACACCCCUACGGUUGAGGAUUCCUGCAUGGGCGAUGGUGACAUAUCAAAAUCUUCACAUGGAAAUAACCUUACUCGAGAGCGAAGUCAGUCUGCUGAUGGUGCUGUUGCUGAUACGAAGCAUGUAGUUAUUUCUGGUACUUCAUCCUCUAGGGAUGGAUUUCAUCAUUUAUCUAAGCAUGCCUCUGGUGACUUCCCUGGAGAUGGAAAAACUACUUCCAUACCCGAACAGACACCAAAUGGAGAGGGCAAUGAAUAUAAUUCUUCCAAUUUGGAUUUGCAACCAUCUGCAGAACCAUGCCUGGAGAUUAAUGGAAGAUCAGACAAACUUAGGGGUGCUGUUUCGUCGGCUGUCUCCCCAGCCAAUGCAAUAGAGAAGGUAUUACAUGGUGAAGAAAGUAAACUUCUUCAUGAGAAGACGACAACUGUCGCAAUUGUUAGUGUUGAUGGCAUUCAAGCUACUAAACCAAAGGGAAGCUGUUCUUUGUUAACUGAGGAUAAGGUCAAUAAAGUCCUUUCGAGUCUAGAAGUUGAGAAGGCAGCUGUUGAAGGUUCAUCAGUAGAAAUUGAUGGUGGGAACAAAAAUAACACGACUGAAGAAUUUAAUGGUGGUGAUGGUUCGCAGCAGAAACCAUCUCCAGGGAAGGUGCAGUCAGAGCAUUCAGAAAAAAGUGACGAAAAACUGCUGCAUCAUUCUGGUUCUAGUAAAGAUAUGCCUUCAGGAAGUGUUGAACUCAAUGGUGGAAAAGCUGAUGAAAUGGACAGAGACACUGGAAGUCAAGGUAGUCAGUCUGGAAAACAAAAAAUUGAUCAUGGUAACAACAGUGCUGCAACUAAUGAAAAACAAAAUUUAGCUGGUCCGGGUUCAGCUUCUAGUGAUCAGAAGAAUGAGGGCUCAGAGGCAAAUGUUGAAAGUAAAGGGGUCCCUGGGCACAAUUCUGGUGUAGCUCCUCAAAAGGAGUCAUCACCUGCAUCUUCUGCCCAAGAAGUGGAGCAGCAUGUGAAGUCAAAGGGAUCCAAGAAAGUAGAUGAAACAGAGGAAAGUGCAUCCAUGCCAGCAGAUGAUUCUUCUUUUCCUACUGCUGGGGCAUCUGAUAUUCAUACAAAGCUGAAAUUUGAUUUAAACGAAGGAUUCAUUGCUGAUGAUGGAAAAUACGUAUCCAGUGGCCUUCCCGCUUCCAUUACAGUGGCUGCUGCUGCAAAAGGGCCCUUUGUUCCUCGAGAGGAUCUAUUGAGAAGUAAAGGAGAAGUUGGAUGGAAGGGAUCUGCUGCUACCAGUGCAUUUCGGCCAGCUGAACCCAGGAAGGUUCUGGAGAUGCCACUACCUGAUGCCACUGCCCGAAAACGUGGUCGCCCUCUGUUGGAUUUUGAUUUGAAUGUACCUGAUGAAAGAAUUCUUGAUGACAUGGCUUCUCGAAACUCUGCCCAGGAGACAUCUUCUACAUCUGACCAUAUAAGCAGUCGUAACUUGGCACGAAAUGUUCUGAUGGGUUCUGCACCUGUUCGUAGUUCUGGAGGUCUUGAUCUUGAUUUGAACGAAGUUGAUGAAGCAAGUGAUAUAGGGCAGUACUUGACAAGCAGCAGUCGUAGACUAGAAGCUUCGCUUCUGCCAGUUAAGUCAUCAUCAUCAUCAGAUGGAUUUCCUAAGUGUGAGGUAAGGAGGGACUUUGAUCUAAACGACGGGCCUGUCUUUGAUGAAGCAAGUGCUGAACCAUCAUCAUUUAGCCGGCACGGCAGAAGCAGCAUUCAAUCCCAGCCACCUGUUAGAAUGAAUAAUGCAGAAAUGGGAGCCUUCACGUCGUGGUUUACAACUGGGAACACUUACCCAGCUGGCACAAUCCCAUCGAUUUUGUCCGAUAGAGGGGAGCAGCCUUUUUCCAUUGUUGCAACAGGUGGGCCACCAAGGAUGUUGGGGACCACUACUGGUGGGACCCCGUUUAGUUCAGAUGUUUACAGGGGUGGUUCAGUGUUGUCAUCUUCUCCUGCAAUGCCCUUCCCAUCUACUCCCUUCCAGUAUCCUGUCUUCCCUUUUGGGGCAACUUACUCUCUUCCCUCGGCCAAUUUCUCAGGUGGAUCUACAACCUAUAUUGACUCCUCAUCUGGUGGGAGGUUUUGCUUUCCAGCUGUCAAUUCACAGUUAUUAGGCCCUGCUGCUACAGUGUCACACUCUACGUACUCAAGGCCUUAUGUUGUUAACCUUACAGAUAGUAGCAAUAAUGUUGGUUUAGAAAACAAUAGAAAAUGGGGCCGACAUGGUCUAGACCUGAAUGCUGGUCCUGGAAGUCGAGACAUAGAAGGCAGAGAUGAGACUUUGCCUCUUGCAUCGAGGCAACUUUCUGUUGCCAGUUCACAGGCACUAGCAGAGGAGCAAGCAAGGAUGUACCAGCAGUUGACGAAGAGGAAGGAGCCCGAGGGAGGUUGGGAUACUGAGAGCUUUAGGUACAAGCAAUCAUCGCGGCAGUAAGGAUGCAUUAUGCCCAGUCUGGCAACCCGUGCAAGGCUCCAAGGCCUGUUCUUUGAAAGUGGGCAAUGGCUAACUCCUGCAAUUUGUCUAACCGGUGUGCUCUAAAGAGGAUGGGCAGUAAGUGACUUACAAGAUAAUGGUCAUUGGCUCCAACCCUCCACCUCUUACCCUGUGUCAAUUGUACCAUGAAGUCUCCUUCAUGGGCAGCUGCAGAUUGUUCUCCAAUGUAGAUACGUUAACUGUCUGGGACAGCAUGCACUUGACAUUGCCCAAACACUGGAAAAUUGUUGUCUAUAUGCCAUGAGACCCAACACCAUGUCCAAUCUAAUUCUUCUGGUAGUCGAGGUUGGAUUUUUUGCACUUUUGUGCUUUGUUGUUAAUUCUCUCUCUCAGUUUCUUUUCUCCAUUACAUAUAUAUUAUAUAUAAACAGAUUGGCCCUCUAGCUUUUCUUGAUAUGGCAUGAUUUAGUUGGUAUCACUGCUAUUGUCUUAAUUUGAUUAGACUUUUUUAGCCCUAGUUGUAGUCUCAUUCUACACCCUUUAUCACUGCUAUUCUCUUAAUUUGAUUAUACGUUUUUAACCCUA